UAAGCGUGAUGUAAUAGGAUUUGAUUGUUUUUAAGGUUGCGGCGGAGAUGACGAUCUUACGGGACCCCCUAUUGGUAGUGACGUACGGCCGAUUUUUAACAUAAAUAUACUGGGUUUUGACGUCACCGCUUUAAUAGACACAGCUGCAAAACACUGCAUCGCGGGUCAUACGCUAUACGCUCUCCUCCAGCAGAACAACCAUCCUCUCCGCGGUUCCUCUCAACGAGUCAGACUUGCCGACGAUGUGGUGCGCAUUAUGGACGUUUUUACCACCACACUCGAUGUACGCCUAGAGACGACAAUUAUUUCCACUCCAUUCCUCAUAUUUCCUGAAUCCACCAAUAAUGAAACGUUAUUAGGAAUAGAUUUUAUUACCGCAGCUGGAGUAGUAAUCGACUUCAAAGAGGAGGUUUGGUUCUUCAGUGAUGAUGCAAUGGUAAAGUAUAAUCUAUGUUUCGAACCUAAGUUGCGCAAAGUUUCCUGCGCCGCUAUAGACAUCCUUAGGGAUGACGAAGAUAAUCACCUUACACCAGCUGAGCGGCAAGCGCUUGCUGACGUACUGGACAGGCACGCGCACAUCUUCAGAGCAGGGGUAGGUCCAACUCCGUUUGCAGAGCAUCGCAACGAAACAGGUACGAAUACACCAAUAUCAGUACUCCCAUACUGUUUAAAUCCUUCGAAGAAACCGCCUGAUAUUAUAUUAGGGAAAUACCAUACCCAAGACCUUACCUGUUAUCACGGUAACAAAGACUCCUUACCCAAACCUAUGAUUCCUAAGAGGAAACGUGGACGCCCAGCUAAGCCUGUUGAUGUCCUAGUCCAGGAGCGAGGGCGUUCUCCAGGACUAGAGGGGGAGUAUAUAGCAACCCUAACGCCUGCCGCGUCGGCAGCCGCGUCUGAUCGCGCGCCGCGACCAAUCAAGGACUCUCGUUGUCGGCUCCCGGCGCGAUUCAAAGAGUAGCGACCGAGGGGGCUUUCCUUUUGGCAAGCCGCGCGUGCGCCUUUACUGACGCCGACAGUUCACCCGCAACCACUGAAGCAUACACACGAGAAUACGUCCGCACCUCGCUCGCUACCAUUCCUUUUCGAACUUGUUUGUGGGACCCUCUGGAGUAUUCAUACCCAGUGCUCCAGCUGGACAA